AUGGUCAACUUAAUUGCGAAAAGCGUGAGACAGCAAUUUUCUCUCGGUGCUCGGCCAGAAAAACUGCCCUCGAUCUCUGUGGAUCUCGAUUCAUAUAACGCCGAAUACAUCCAGGCCGAGGAUGCCAAGAAGACAGAAUUCACGAUGACAUUUAAUCCUGGAUUUACAAUAAAGACGGCGAAACUCGGUACAACAGGCAUUAGUGAAUGUACUCAGCGAGGCAAUGCGUGCUUUAAACAAACAACGACGUCCAAAGCGCACGUCGUUAUCAAUGACAAGUCCAAAUGGGACUCGGUGGACUUCUUGGUCGGCACAGUGGCUAAGGCAACCAUCACAAUUGCGGACUUGGAAACAGGCCACGCCCCGGCGGCCCCAGCGGUCGAACCAUCAGGAUCCCAAGGGGCAAAAACCCCACUCAAUCAAGAAAAUGUCCAACUUUCAUGCGUGCCAACAGCAAUGAAACUUAAAAAGGACGGUGGAACCCCUCCAGAAGCGGUGGUAGCCGUUACUUCUACGUGUACAGCUCAUGCGAAGGAUGCGACUACACCAGAGGGAUGCAUUUCACUAACAGACCGUAAAAUGAACUUUUUUCCCUCAACACAUUACUCGUCUUACCUCUCACUUUCCGUUACAGCUGUCCUUAAUGUCGAUGUGAAGGCCGCCAUCGAAUCGGCAGCACAGCCGCUUACGCUGGAGGGUAUGGUCGACGGCGAGAAACUAGAAUUCAACAUGCCCUUCACCGGCAAAUGCGGCACAGGCUCUGCUUCGUGGAUUUCGAACUCCGUUUCAGUCAUUCUCACCAGCCUGGCCGCCGUGCACCUCCUGCAGUAG